GGACAGGCUCAGGAAGGGGCAGACAGACGACAGGGCGAUGGAGGGAUGGGGAAGGAGUGGAGAGGAGAGAGUGAUGCUGACUGACACACGCCUUUGCGCUGUAGCUGCUCCGCGUGUCUCCUGCCGGUGACGUGGACGUGAACGUGAGAGCGGAGGGCCAUUGUGACGCCGGGCGGGGCUCGGCGCGGCUCCGCGGGGCGCUGGGGGCGGCGUGUCCUGCCGCAGCCGCCGUAGCCGCGCACCCGGAAGGACGGAGGGGAGGGGAGGAUGCCCAUGCAGAGGGAGACACAAGCAGGCAGGCGGCGAGGAGAGGUGUUGUGGAGAAGUUCUCCGGUGUGAGAAACUGCGCAGGGACUGGCGGCAGCGCAGAGCCGAGAGCCCCUGACAGGAAGGAGCAGCCCCUGACCGCUGGCCUCAGCCGCGUGGUGCCUGACCGCUCGCCGGUGUCCAGGAGGGCCCUCGGCCCGCUCCCUGUGCUUGGCCCUUGUGUGCGGGGAGGAUGGGCGCGGGCGCGGCCCCGGCGCUGCAGUGGCUGCAGGAGUGGGCGGCGGUGUCCGUGCUGCGUGCGCGCCGCACGCUGCUCCAGGCCGCCGUCCUGCUGUGCGUGCUGGUGCUGCUGCUCUGGGUGGCCAUCUUCCUGUACGGCAGCUUCUACUACUCCUACAUGCCCACCGUCAGCUUCGCCACGCCCGUCCACUACGUGUACAGCUGUGUGAUUGCAGUUUUGCCCUCCUGCAGGCUGAGUCCUCCUGUGUCCCAGCAGGCCAUGCUGCACUACCGGUCAAGUCUACUGGAGACCCUGGCCACUCUAUUCUUCUCACCCCUUCUGUUGUCCGGCAUGGCGGAGCAGAAACAAUUACUGGAAGUGGAGCUAUACAGUGACUACAGGGAGAAUUCGUACGUCCCGACUGUGGGCGCGCUGCUCGAGAUCCAGACUCGCCGGAUCCAGAUCUACUCCGCACAGCUGCGGAUCCACGCCCACUUCACCGGCAUCCGGUACCUGCUGUAUAAUUUCCCAGUGACCUCAGCGGUGAUCGGGGUGGCCAGUAACUUUGCCUUCCUCAGCGUCAUCGUGCUCUUCAGCUACCUGCAGUUCAUCUGGGGCGGGCUGUGGCCCCGGGACCAGAUCAGGGUGCAGGUCUCGAUGGGGGAUCAAGUGAGACUCCAGCAGAGGAGAGAGGAGGUCCGGCGACGUAUGAGAGCCCCCAGCGCACAGACCCAGGUCACGCACGCAGCGGGCGGCGCCAGCGCCGGCGCGGACACUGGGGCAGGACCCUCGGGGCUGACCGGCUCAGAGCCUGCGCGGACGAAAGAUGAGCUGGACGCAGUGAGGGAAGAGGCUCUGGAGACCAUCGGUUCCCUGAGUGGACACCCUGACCUGCAGCAGCACUACUCAGGAGAGACAGAAUAGGAACAGACAGGCAGGCAGGCAGCUGAGGACCAGCACUGGUUUCUGCAGAGUGAAGACUAAUAAACUGCUUGUGUCAGACUUUGACUGACCGCGAGUGUGUCGGACCGCUAGUGUGUCAGAGUUUGACUGUGUCGG